UAGAAUAUAUACAAACAGAACAACAAAAAAAACUUGAAAGUCUAAAAAUUACUGUAAACAAAUUAAACAAAAGAGUUCAUGACAAAUAUUGGAGUACUGUAUCCAGUGAAGACAUUGAAAGGACAGAA